GCAGGUUUGAACGAAAGACAGUAAUCAUUCUAUGGACGUUGUGUGAACAUUGGUAAGAUGUUAAGGACACUGCUGUUGAUCUCAUUGCAAAUUGUACUGUUGAUGCUUGCACACAGCUUUGCGCUGUAUGAACAUCGUCUCUUCGAGCCACGUUUCAGAAAAGAGGGCAAGAAAGAAGAAAAUAAGAACGGGCAUUCGUUAAACAUAAUUUCAGACUUGGAGUUCUUCCAGCCUCGAGUCCGACACCCGACUCAGUCCACGGGCGGCACUUGUCCCUUCACUUGUGGUGUAACCAUCCCGACUGAACGGAAAUCUGGACUGGAAAUCGCGGGCGGCACGAUAGUCGCCCAUGGUGAGCACCCGUGGGUGGUGCGGAUCGUGAAGACUUACCCUGACGGCACGACGCUGUGUGGGGGAACUAUACUAAACUCCAUGAACAUCCUCACUGCAGCCCACUGCUUCAAAGACACAGAAGGAGCCUUGAUCACAGUCGAGGCAGGCAGUGUCCUCCUGAAGCCUGUCGAGUCGAGCGACCUACAGAGCGUGGAAGUCGCCUACGCAACGGUUCACCCUCAGUAUGAUCACUGGAAGAAGCAUUCCUCGUACGAUGUGGCUGUGGCGGUACUGAAAUGGCCCCUGCAGUUCGUGCUGGGGCGCGUCGCCCCCGUGUGCCUCUCCCCCACGCCCCCCUUUGAGGGUCUGGAAGGGCUCAUCAUGGGCUGGGGCUACACUGGUUUUAAUUCAAAUGAGCCUUCGCCAUAUCUUCUUAAGGCCACGAUCCAAGUGAAGAACCAAGAGCUGUGCGAACGAGCAUACCAGUUAUUCAACGUUUCAGUCUCCAAAGACCAAUUUUGUGCGUCUGAGCUGAACAAAGACAGCUGCCGCGGUGACUCUGGUGGUCCUUUCCUCGUCAAAAUCGAAGACAAAUGGAGACAGGUGGGAUUGGUGUCGUACGGAGCUGGGUGCGCCAUUGCUGAAUUUCCAGGAAUUUAUUCACUGGUGGGCGCGAGUCUGGACUGGAUCCUCUCCGCCAUUCAGGGCGGUGACUGCCCACACUUCACUGGAAUUCGAAAAUUCUUAAUAGAAAAAAUUUCCAUUAUUCCAGACGUAUAGUUUUUGCAUUUAAAUUGUGUCAGAACUUCUUCCUUCAAUGUCUUAUCUAGAAAAAAUUUUUCCGGCGUUUUACCUUAGAAGUGCAUUUAAUCUCGGAUAAAUAAUAAAAUCGAAAUUACACAUUUUUUACGAAUUCCCCUAUGGGUUUCUUAUUUUGUCAGAACUAAUACAAAUGCACAAUUGUAUUGUAA